AGGGAGGGCUGCCGUGCAGUAGGAACUGUGCAGACACACACACACACGGGGAUCCAGGGACGGCAGCCCCUUGCACUGGGAUCUAGAGCCACAGCGCGAAAAAGAGAGUUGAAGGAAAACCCUCAUCUAACGCAACACAAUGGCAGACAAAAUUAAAGAUGCUAAGAUCAUCUUUGUUGUUGGUGGGCCUGGCUCCGGAAAGGGCACCCAGUGUGAGAAGAUAGUCGCAAAGUAUGGCUACACCCACCUGUCCUCUGGGGAUCUGCUCCGUGCUGAGGUGGCUUCUGGCUCUGAGAGGGGCAAGCAGCUCCAGGCCAUCAUGCAGAAGGGAGAGCUUGUGCCCCUGGACACAGUCUUAGACAUGAUUAAGGAUGCCAUGAUCGCCAAGGCUGAUGUCUCCAAGGGCUACCUUAUUGAUGGCUACCCCCGUGAGGUGAAGCAGGGCGAGGAGUUCGAGAAGAAGAUCGGCAAACCCUGCAUGUUGCUGUACGUUGAUGCCAAAGGAGACACCAUGGUCAAGAGGCUUAUGAAGCGCGGUGAGACCAGCGGCCGUUCUGAUGACAACGAGGAGACCAUCAAGAAGCGCCUGGACUUGUAUUACAAAGCAACUGAGCCAGUCAUCGCCUUUUAUGAGGGCCGUGGCAUUGUCAGGAAGGUCGACUCUGAGCUGGCAGUGGAUGAGGUCUUCUCCCAAGUCUCCAAGGCUAUUGAUGCACUGUAGUAAAACAACAUAACUAGA